UCGUUUUCUAUCCUUAUCUUACCCGCUGUAUCUCACUUGCUAUCUCUCUCACACACUUUUCCGUGCCGUUUCGGUUCUCGUCGCUUCGUCCCCGAAGUUCGCGCUAGCGGUUUGGCAGGCCAGGCAGAAGAAGCACAACACAGGCCGCAGAAAUGCGUCUGGCACUUUUGGCUUUGGUGCUUCUGGCACUGGUAAUCAGCAACCAUCCCAUUGAUGCUCGACACAAAGGUGAAGAGAAUUGGAAACAACGCUAUAGGAAGUGGAAGGAAGCUGAAGAACAAACGCACCACCAUGACGUCCUGAUUGGAACUGAUGAAGCAGCAGCAGCCCGUGUUCAAGAUGAACAUAAUGAUGUGAAUAAUGAUGGUCUUUCUGAGAAAGAGUUGUGGAGGCAGCGUAUUGAGGCAAAAAAACAACGUCAGUCCCAGUGGCAGGCUUCAGAUGGAAAACAAGAAGGCAGACCUAUGAGUGAUAUCACUGCUUGGCAUGAAGAGAAGUGGAGGAGGAAGCAAGAGCGCCACUAUAAAACAGUACCUCAUGAUCUUCAGCGUCAGAAGAGACACCAAACCCGAGAAUUGAAGCUUGAGGGUGAAAGUUCUGGAAAGUUUGUCCGUAAAUCUCCUCCUCCUCACACCAAAGUAGCUGAAAUGGCACGUUACAUUGUCCACAACUCAGACUGGGCUGCUGUUGCUUACACUUCCAGGCAACCAGAGACUUUUGGCCUCCCAAUGGCUGACAUUUUCUCCAUAAGUGAUGGCCUUGUAGACAACAGUACUGGCGUGCCUUACAUGUACAUUUCACCCUUGGACACUGGUGUUCAAGAUUUGGCCAAGGAUAGCAGGUGUUCCUUGGCAAUGUCAUUGGCACAGGGCAACUACUGCAAACAAGAAGGCUUGGACCCUGAAGAUCCACGCUGUGCUCAUGUCUUCCUCACAGGAAAACUCAAGACGGUAAAGAAUGGAACUGAAGAAUUCGCCCGGGCUGAAAAGUUAUUCUUUGAUCGUCACCCUAAGCUCCGCAAUAUGCCAAAAGAUCACCGAUUCCGCUUUGCCAAACUCAAGAUCAGCAAUAUCCUUGUCCAGGAUUACUUUGGUGGUCCAGCUCAUAUUCCAUUGGCUGAGUAUUUUGCUGCUAAGCCAGAGGAAUUUAAUCCCUCCAAAACUCGUCCUGUACCUGAGGUUGAUGCAGAGCUUAUUCCUGGGGCCUCUUCCUCAGACUCUGAGAAGUGGCUGAGGCCCAUUGAAUAAGCUGCCAAAUACAUACUGAGAGGAAUACUUAUUUACUUGUUUAAGUUGAUGAUACCUUGGCUAACACAUCCCUCAAUAUUUGCUCUCUGUUUUUUAUUAUUCUAUGUAAUUUUUGCCAAGCAGUUGCGCUUCCAACAAUAAUGUAGCACACUCAAUUAAAAUGUGAAAAUGUUACAAAUGAAAUCUCUUCAGAGAUCUGUUAAAAUUCGUGUUUACAUAUUCCUAUGUUAGCCAAAGAUAUUUUUUUUUGUUUAUGUAUUUGUUUUAUAUAUUUUUUCUAGUUCACCAUUAGCAAUAAUUUUGUCGCUUUUUGAAAGCGUUAUAAGACACUAGUUGUGAUAAAUACAAAACGUUGAAAACAAUGAUUAAAGUGUUUCUUGGUUUCUGCCAAAUUUUCUGUACCUUUGAACUUGUGCCCGAACUUUCCCGAGACGACCCUCACGCUGGUGGGCACGAGACUUCCCCUGCAGGGUCGCCCCCCGCGAGGCCCAGUCCAAGGAGCCGCAACAAGCGAGGCGCGACCGAUUCCAAUCCGGGGCAUGUCUACUGGACCCCGAAACUCUUCUAUGCCUAUCUCUCUUUUCCCAUUAGAGGGGCUGUGGUGCGAGAGAGAUGGGAAUAGCGCCCCGAAACUUUCAGGGAGCGGCAGUGGACAGGCCCUGAUCGGCCCGACCCGUCCGUCUUUCUCCGAUACAUAUUUGGCCAAAUGACUGGAGCUCAACGCCUGCGAGGCUGAGGGUAGGCCGUCCCGCAUUGCACGUACGCACUGCAGGCAAGAUGUUGCCUACCCGACAGGCGCUAUGAGAGCUUGCGUGGGCCGAACGUGACAGUUUCGUAACGACGUAUGCGUAUGACGGACGUCCUUUCUGGGUGAUCCUCCUCGAGACCAAGGCGGGAGUGAGAUAGGCAGCGACUCUGCAUCUGUGUGCGACGGGUUGCCCAUGCGCUCGGCCACAGGCGCUAUGACUGCCACUGGCGACUAUCCUUAUCUUACCCGCUGUAUCUGACCCAUGUGACCCCACGCUAUCUCUCUCUUUUCCGUGCCGUCUCGUUCUCUUCUCGGCACUUCGCUCCUGCCCCAGCGAUUUGGCAGGCAGAAGCACAACACAGACCGCAGAAAUGCGUUCGGCACUUUUGGCUUUGGUGCUUCUGGCACUGGUAAUCAGCAACCACCAUGUCGACGCUCGGCACAAAGGCGAAGAGGAUUGGAACCAACGCUACAGGAAGUGGAAGGCCGCCGAGGAGCAGACGCGCCCCCGUGACGCCCUGAUCGGAACGGACGAAGCAGCAGCAGCCCGUGUGCAAGAUGAACAUAGUGGUGUGAACAACGAACGUCUGUCUGAGAAAGAGUUGUGGUGGCAGAGGAUUGAGGCGAAGAAGCAGCGUCAGGCCCAGGGGGCCCUCGAUCAGGUUCCACAAAGAAAACCAGCGGUCCAGCCAAUGAGUGACAUCACUGCUUGGCAUGAAGAGAAGUUGAGGAGGCAACAAGAACGCCGAGAUCGCCAUCAUCGCGGAGUACCCUCGUGAUCCGCAACGUUAGGAGAGAACCAAACUAGAGCAGAUGUCGACUUUGGAGGUGUAUGUCUGACCUGGUCGUCAAUCUACGUACGUUCGUUUCUGCUUGACCGCUAUAGCAAUAAAGUUUUCGUUUGACAAAAGAAAUAACUUGCAAUAAAAUAUAAUACCAAAUAGCUUUGUGAA